UACGCGGCCUCUUCGAUUACCGGCAUUAGAUGGCUGGUUUCCAUUUGUCAUUCGUUUUAUUGCAAGCGAAUAAACACACACUGUAAAGUAUGACGCGCGUCACCAAUACAUUCAUGCUAGUAAAUUCAACUAUAGGUAAACUACCACCACAUACAAUGGUCAGAGUGACAGUUACAUUAUGUAGUCAUUGUGUCAGUAGUCAGUGAAUUCGAUACAUACGCAGCAGAGCAUUUGAAUAAACGUCAUGGAGAAAAAACCAACUGUUAAAUCGGAUAUUUUUACAUGGCGAACUGAAGAUUUACCAGAAUACCGUAAACUUCUUGAACUGUCGCCAAAUGGAAUCUCAGAUAAAUUGGUAUCCAUCUUAGGCAAUGGCGACGUUGAUGUAUCCGAUAUGCGAAUGCAAUGCGAAUAUUGUGACCAAACAUUUACGCUCACCGAUUUUGAUGAACAUACAUGUGAUUACAGUGAUCGAGAAACGUUUGUGUUCGAUGACCAAAUGAUGGAAUUUUUAUGGGAAACAUCACUGUGUAAAAUGUAUACGGAGAAUAAUAAAAUGAUUCAGCAAAUUUUGAAUCAAAAUGAUAAUGACACGGCGAAUCGAUCAAAGGAUGCCAAACGAUCAGUGGUUGAAGCGCACCACGUAUGCGGCGUUUGUCAUCGAAUGUAUGUCCAUGCAUCGGGUUUGUCGCGUCACAUGGAAACGCAGCACAUCAAAUCCAUUAUGCCACACACCAGUUCCAUUGAUCAAGUGGAUAAUUGUGACGAAACAUUGGCUGAAGUGAUAAAAUGUUUAAUUUGUGGUCGAAUUUUCAAUUCAGUAUCGAUGUGUUUUGCACAUUUGAAGUCGACACACACCGAAUAUGGUUUUGAUGAAAGUGAACAAUGUUUGGAAGCAAGUGAUUCACAACACUUUGAAAAAUUAAAAUUGGUACAGGCGUAUCAGUGUGAAUUUUGUGACUAUUUAUUCGCCGAUACAAAUGGUUUACAUCUACACGUCAAAUCGGCACAUGACAUCAAUACGGGCUAUGAAUGCAGCUUUUGUCAACUGGCCAGCCGGAAUUUGAAAUUUAUCUUAAAUCAUCGAAGCAACGAGUGCCCAUACGAAAUAUACGAAAAUAAUCCAAAAAUCAAUUGCAAAAUUCAAUUUGUAUGCAGCGAAUGUGAUUUGACUUUUUGUGGAUUGAUAGAAUUGUAUGAACAUCGGCAUUCGCAAAAUCAUUUUCAAUCGUUGUACAAUAAAUUAUCGAAACAAAAUGAGUUUUUUUGUGAAAAAUGUGGUCAAAUCUGUGGCACAGACACGAAGGCAUUAGAGACGCACAUCGAAACGAUUCACAUGAAAAAGGGAAAACUACCAGUAACAUCAACAGUUCGACCGUAUUUAUGCGAGGUUUGUGGUAAAGGCUACACUCAAUCAAGUCACCUCUAUCAGCAUCUUCGCUUUCACAAAGGUAUAAAACCAUUCGAAUGCACAAAAGAUGGUUGUAAUCGUAAAUUCACCAUUCGUCCGGAUUUGAACGACCAUGUACGAAAGGCACACACCGGAGAACGUCCGUACAAAUGUUUGGAUUGUCAGAAAACAUUUUUGACUGGUUCGGUGUACUAUCAACAUCGGUUAAUUCAUCGUAAUGAAAGACGGUAUGGAUGUAGUACGUGUGAGAAGCGUUUUCAUCGAUCGGAUGCAUUAAAAAAUCAUGAAAGGAUUCAUAGCGGUGAAAAACCAUAUGCGUGUGGUGCAUGUGCAAAGACAUUCCGUCAAAAAGGCGAUCGUGACAAACAUUUUCGUUCGCGUCAUCAAAAUGGUUUGAUGAAUGGUACGAAUGGCAAUCGUGAAGGAAGUUCGGGCAAUUUUUUAAUGGGUUUAUAACAGAUGUGACCAUUCAUCAAAGAAGUCAAUGACGUCGAUGUCCUGACCAUAUACAAGAAUUGAAUUCAAAUUAUUAAAAUGAUUUUAUUGCCAGUUUUCAUUCAUUUCUUGACACUUUAAUUUUAUUCAGAAAAAUGUGUUUGUUAUUUAGUAUUUGAUUAAUAUAAUAAUUUAUGAGACCCAGAUAUUAGAAUAUGGAUUGUGCGCUAAAGCUAAAAUUACGAAGAAAAGACAUUUUAUUGAAUUGUUUCCCUUUUUCGUUGACGUAAACACAGUUGCAUAGCAAAUAAAAAAUACGACAAGAUGAA